AUUUAGCAACUGGAAAUAGUGUCAGAUGCAUGUUUUUACAGCGACUCUGCAAAAUCAAUUCGAAACGCUGCAUGGAAGAAUAAAAAGGAGAACGGAACGGUUGGGAGGCUACCUCUGCCUUAAUUUGAAGAGUGGUUAGUCCGAGAAAUUAUCUACUUUUUUAUCCCGAACGAAUUGUCUUCAAAACCACUCCUACUAUUUCAGUUUUUUCAGCCACAUAAAGAUACAACUAUUGGGAAGUCCCCCCUCCCCAAAUUCCUUAAAAUGUCAAGUGAAAUUUCAUUAAACAUCCUUAGUGAGAGUUCAAUCGAUCCUCCUGUUUAUGAAAAUGUCGAUUCCACUGAAUCAGCUCCUUCCUCCGAAUCAACACAUGCAUCAGAAUCGAAUCACGUAUCGGAAUCAGGCUAUGGAACCGACAAGGGCAUCGCUAAGAGGGAACUUUCUACUAGUCAGAUAAUGCUCUCGGAUGCUACCUUUCAGAUAUUUUUGUCAAACUUUAUAAAGUAUCACAACCCUAGCAGCCUUCAAAGCAACAACAACGGCAGAUUCCUGAUAAGAAGGAUCAUGAGGAGGAAAAUAGCGAUUAUCGUUCUUGUUUGCCUCGUUCUGGCUUUUAUCAUUUCUUGUGUUCUUAUUCUGGCACUCACACGGACAAAAAUACGUCAUGUUGGGAAUUUGCCCAAGAACAAGAACACAUCUAUAUGGAGUGACAUAGAUCCAAGGGAUUUAUUUCUUAAUGAUAAUGAUUCAAUUAAGAAACCAGAAGCAGAUAUGACGCUGGGGCAAUUUAUAAAGAUGGCUACUGAAUUCAACAAUACAUUACAGAAGAAUGCUUUAAGCUGAACUUAUUUCCAUUUUUGUAUUUCAUUCAAAUGGUAAUUCGAAUUCAAUUGAUUCUUACUGAAAUUAAAUGUUGAAAUUAUAAUUUUCUUUGUAACCAUACGAUCAUGACGUCACAGAUUGUAUUAUAUGAAGUGGACUUUAUGUAUCAAUUCUAUUUAAUUUUUAAAACAAUGAUCAAUCCAAAUUCAUUAAGGUAAUUUAGAAGCAACUAUAUUUAUGUGUCUCCUCAGCACUCCCCCCACACCCGCAGUACACAAUCAUCUCAUAAUGAAGUCAUACGAAAAAUGACCAUCAGCAAGAAUUAACUCAAUUGUGGAAAAUUUUAGUAAUAAGGAAGAUUUUUGGCGUAAUUAAAGUAAUACGAUGAGAACAGUUACUUCAUAAAUCCAUGUGACAUAGAUCUGUCCCCCCCCCCCCCCCCCCCAAGGAUAAUUCUUGUGAUAAUGCUAAGAAUCUUACCUGUGGAGCCCUGAAUUUAGUUCCUUGGUCAAUAUGAAGAUAUAGCAAAUUUUUAAUCUUUCUUUGUAAUUUAGAUUUGUAAUGAAUAAUACAUACACCAUAUUAAAUAUUAAAAAAAAUUUGUCAAUU